CCCCUCUCCGCCCCCCACCCGCAGCCGCCUAGGCACCUCGGUGCGUUGCACCGCAGGAGGCUUGGGCCGGCUCGUUUGCUGCUUAGCGCCGCACCCCACCCGGUGGGCGGCAGCGGCCACGCACGGUCAGGUUCUGCACUGCGGACCCCAGAAUUGCAUUGCGGGCCCUCGCCCCUCACUGCCGCCAGCUGCUGGGGCGCGCUCGGGACAGGCGAGCCGCGGGGCUUCGGUGCUCGGGGCGCCACAACCGGCCCUGCCCCCUCCCCAAGAAGCGCGCGUCGCCCCCGCCGGGCUGCGGAGCUGGGGUCCGCAUCCCCCCCUCCGGCCUUCCCUUAGGGCAGCCCCCGCCCGGAGAGAGGAGCGGUCCUACCGAGACCGGCCCGGCCCGGCGGUGAGAUGAGCUUCUUCGGCUUCGGGCAGAGCGUGGAGGUGGAAAUCCUGCUCAACGAUGCGGAGAGUAGGAAGCGGGCCGAGCACAAGACGGAGGAUGGGAAGAAGGAGAAAUAUUUUCUCUUCUACGAUGGAGAAACCGUGUCGGGGAAGGUGAGCCUCGCGCUCAAAAACCCCAAUAAGAGGCUAGAACACCAAGGCAUCAAGAUCGAGUUCAUCGGGCAGAUCGAGCUCUACUAUGACCGUGGGAACCACCAUGAGUUUGUGUCCCUGGUGAAGGACUUGGCCCGGCCUGGAGAAAUUACCCAGUCGCAGGCCUUCGACUUUGAAUUCACGCACGUGGAGAAGCCGUAUGAAUCCUACACGGGGCAGAAUGUGAAGCUCCGGUAUUUCCUUCGAGCCACCAUUAGCCGCCGCCUCAACGACGUCGUCAAAGAAAUGGACAUUGUGGUCCAUACACUCAGCACGUACCCAGAGCUGAAUUCCUCCAUUAAGAUGGAGGUGGGCAUUGAGGACUGUUUGCACAUUGAAUUUGAGUACAAUAAAUCCAAAUACCAUUUGAAGGAUGUUAUUGUAGGGAAGAUAUAUUUCCUGCUGGUGAGGAUCAAAAUCAAGCACAUGGAGAUUGACAUCAUCAAGCGGGAAACAACGGGUACAGGCCCCAACGUGUACCAUGAGAAUGACACCAUAGCCAAGUAUGAGAUCAUGGAUGGUGCACCAGUGAGAGGAGAGUCCAUCCCCAUCCGGCUAUUCCUGGCGGGCUACGAGCUCACCCCCACCAUGCGGGACAUCAACAAGAAGUUCUCUGUGCGCUAUUACCUCAACCUGGUGCUGAUAGAUGAAGAAGAGCGGCGCUACUUCAAACAGCAGGAAGUGGUAUUGUGGCGGAAGGGUGACAUCGUACGGAAGAGCAUGUCCCACCAGGCAGCCAUUGCCUCACAGCGCUUCGAGGGCACAACCUCCCUGGGCGAGGUGCGGACCCCCAGCCAACUGUCUGACAACAACAGCAGGCAGUAGGCCCCCGGGGCCAAGAAGCAGCUGGGUUGGUACCCAGCACCCCGUCUACCAAACACCAGCGGCUGGGGAGGGGGAGGACGGUGUGAUGCUCAGCUGACCCGUCACUUGCAACCUGAAAAACAAAUCAUGUUUUUGACUUAAA